AUGCCGGAGAAAAAGCUAAAAGGUGGUCACAUGGCCAUCAUCGAGAACUGGUACCAUCAGAUUCCCGCCUUUACCGAUGUGUUUACCGAGGAAAGCUUCUAUAUGUUUGCUGUAUGCUUCGUGCUGACGACCAUUGCCGUGGUGUUGAUCCUGUCGCGGUUUAUCACACUGAAGCCGGUUGACUAACGUAACGGCAAAGGAUACCAGGUCGAGAU